AUGCUCUUAGCCGUCUAUUUCCCGGCGGACCCGGCCUUGAGAACACUUUUCUUCCGGGAUGUCUUGGGCCCGGUGGUGGAUCAGAUCCCCUCAUCAUCUCACCUUCUUAUCAUCGGUGACUUUAACCUGGUUGAGGACCCCGCUAUGGACAAAACCUCGGGUUGCGGCUCGUCGUCGGAGAACGAGAAGUUUUUUCUGCGUUGCUGCAGCUUCCAGCUCUCCGAUGCGUUCCGGGUCCUGCAUCCACGCAAGAGAGAGUACACGUUUUACUCAGCGGCGCAGCAGGAGAGUUCACGGAUUGACCGGGCGCUGGUUUCUCAAUCUCUGCUGCCUCACCUGUCAUUGGCGUCCCAUGAGAUGCCGAAGGAGCCUAUUGCUGAUCAUGGCUUCGCUAUCCACGUGGCGUUUCGGCUGGAUGCGAAGGUCCGCACGGGGCCGGGUAUCUGGAGGCUCCAUGCUUCCAUGCUGCGCAGGCCGGGUGUUCGGAAGGUCAUUGAGGUGACGCUGCGGCAUACACCGGUCAAUGACGGUAGCAGUUUCGAGCUUCUGCUGUCGCGGCUGAGCGUUGGUCUCUGGUCCUACGCGAGGGAGGAGGGGAAGUGUGUGAAGGCCACGCUGGCGCACCUGCAUCGGGCGGUUGCAGUCUUAAAACAGGAGUUAAUGGGUGAUCCAGGCUACGGGAGGAAGAAGGCGCUGCUGGCGGAAAAGGAGCAGCAGCUAAAGGCGUACCAUGCGGCUAGGCGGGAUAAGCUGCAUCUACAAGCGGGUUUAACGGCUGAACUCACCGGGGAGAUAGCCUCCAAGCAUCUCUCCGCUAAAUUCCGGGCUCGGAAAGCGAGGACGCAGAUCGCGGAACUUAAGGGCCUGCACAGAGACACGAAGACGUGGCUGUUAAUAAACGGAUGGCUGGGCGAGGGGAUGGAGGUGGUCUCAGGGGUUCGGCAAGGAUGCCCUCUGGCGCCCUAUCUUUUCCUGUGCGCUGUGGAGCCGUUGGCGCAGGAGGUGGAGCGAAGGAAGCUCGGCUUGUCUGAGGCGGGGCGGCAGCUCGGUUAUUUGGGCUACGCUGAUGACACGACGCCGGUCCUGCAGGGGAAGCAGCAGAUUGUCAGAGCGGUGCAGUUGCUGUCGGAGUUCGAGAAGGUCUCGGGGCUUGCGACUAAUGCAGACAAAACAGUGGUCUUACCUUUGGGUGUUAACACUCGGGUUAAUGGCGGUACUUUGUGUGGCUUCAAGCGGGCCAGCGCGGACGAUGCAGAGAGGCUGUUGGGCGUCUGGGUGUCUCCCUCCGGCAGCGGUGUACCGACAUGGGAAAAGGCGCUGGGGCACAUCAGCGGGAAGUUAGUCAAAUGGAAGCAGAAAUACCUCACAACAUCGGCAAGAGCGACGGUGGUGAACAGUUAUAUCACGCCGAUAAUCGCCUUUCAGGCUCAGGUGUACUCGCCCCCGGCAACCAUCUGGGAAGAGCUGAUGAGGCUGAUUCAGGGCUUCAUCUCCGAGAAUAGGGUCUCGGGAGUGAAGGGCUUCCAGCUCUGGAGUAAUGAGCUGCUGUUCAAGUGUAGAGCGGCCGGAGGGAUUGGAGUCAGGGACCCAGAGAUGAUCAUCAUGUGUCUGGCCACAAGGAGGGUGGGGCUGUUCCUUAUUGAGCGCAAGCUGCUGAAGAAGGAGAUCAUGACGCUGGCAGCGGACCUCCCUCUCGGAGCGGAUACCUUCGAGGCGCACGAGAAGUUGAUUAAGCACUGGUCCGGUCGUGGCAUUCGCUGGAAGCAGACGUGUGAGAUUUUCAUGCGGUCUCCUUUUGGGAUCCGGGCUCCAGCUGGCAGCAGGGAGGAAGUGCUGCGGGAGAGAAUUUUCUUUAAUCGCAAGAUUCUACUAAACGGUACCACGCCGGUCGGAGGGCAGCAGGAUGCUCAGCGACUGAAAGGGGUUCACCUGGGUGAUCUGCUGGUGCAAGGGUCUGACGGGGAGCUGGACCUAAAGACCAUGGCGGCGUUAACUCAGCAGCUGGGGGGUAACGGCCCGGCUAAGCUUGCUCUCAAGGCACUGAGGGCUCUGCCUGCUGCUUCGCAGAGUCUGUUGGGUUUUCCGACUGUCCCUCCCUGCUCGGCUGACUCCCCCCAGAGGCUGGUGGUGGUGGAAGGGGGCCGGGUUGUGUCUGAGAGGCGGAUGAAGGAGGGCUGGCGUGGCGCUGAGGAGCAGUCAUACAAGCAGCAGAAGUGGGCGGAAAAGUGGCGCGGGACAAUUGACUGGAAGCGGGCAAUUGCGACUAGAGACUCCCUGUCGAUUCCUAGCCAAAACUGGCACCAGCUCAGCAUUUCUGGAGCUGACUCUCACCGCCAUCACCUUCCAUCAGCUCUGGAUAGAACGGUGUGA